AUGGCAACUUUACCAGAAGACUUAGAAAAAGGUACCGUCUACCAUGGUUCAAAUCCCGAAUUGGCUUCUUCAACUGAAGAGGAACCAAAAACUUUUACAACAAGUUUAAAAAAUUCAACAAUUCAUAGAAUUACAACAUCCAAUGAUGGUGAUGUUGUAUAUUUAGGUGAUCAUGCAUUCCACAAAAAUGAAUUAAUUAAUGCAUUUGCUGGUGAUUUAAAUCCUGGUGUUCAUAAAACUCCAUUCCGUCCAUUAGGUAACCCAGUUCCUUUAGGAUUGUCAGGUUUUGCAAUUUGUUGUUUUGUUGUUUCAUUAGUUAAUUGUCAAGCAAGAGGUGUAACAAAUCCAAAAAUCAUUGCAAGUGCUGCUCUUUUCUUUGGUGGUGUGAUUGAACUUAUUGCAGGUUUAUUUUGCUUGGUUAUUGAAAAUACAUUUGCUGCAACUGCUCUAGGUGCAUAUGGUGGAUUCUGGUUAGGAUUUGGUGGUAUCUUAUUAGACUCUUUUGGAAUUGCUUCAUCAUAUGCAACCACCGAAGAAUAUACGAAUGCUUUGGCAUUUUAUUUAACAGCCUGGGUCAUUUUUUCAUUCAUGUUGUGGUUAUGUACAUUCAAAUCAACUUGGCCUUUCUUUAUUUUGUUUUUAUUUGUUUGGGUGUUCUUGAUGUUCUUAGCAAUUGGAUAUUUUAUCAAUUCAACAGCCAUGAUAAAAGCUGGAGGUGUUGUUGGAUUACUGGCGACUUUUAAUGCCUUCUAUAUCAUUUAUGCUGGGGUGGCUGAUUCAACAAAUUCUUAUAUCACCAUCAAAGCAACACCUAUGCCGGGUGCUCCAACAGUUUGA